AUGGCCGGGCCACACACGGCGGCAUCAAAGGACAUGCCGUCCAAUCCAAACAAACGAAAGCUCCUCGACGACAGCGACUCAGAAUCAGAUGAUGGAGCAGCAAUUGGAAGCUCAAGCUUCAAGGUGAACGAGGAAUACGCACGCCGCUUCGAGCAUAACAAGAAACGAGAGGAGAAGCAAAGAUUGGAAGAAAAGCUCAAGAGGGAGGGGGAGAAUGACGAUUCCUCUUCUACCGAUGAGACAGAAGACGAAGAUGGCUUCCUUGCAACCGAAGACCUGGACGCUCAAAUCUCCGCCACGCUACAGGCAAUUCGAAACAAAGAUCCCCGUGUCUACGACAAGGAUAUUACUUUCUAUGAACCCGAAGACGAGAGCGCCGAAGCAACGACCAAGGAGAAGAAGGAAAAGCCAGUUUUCCUUCGCGAUUAUCAGCGAGAGAAACUCUUGAGAGGCGACGUUGGUGGUUCGGAUGACGAAGACGAGGCGCCAAAGACAUACCAGCAAGAGCAGGACGCAAUUAAAAAGUCCCUUCUGUCCGAGAUCAACGCCGCCAAGGGCGAAGACUCAGAUGAGGAGGACGAAGAUGAGGACGGCUUCAUUAAGCGGAAAGAACAACCAGUACAAACAGAUUCAAACGGUCUGCACCCCUCCAGGGCAAAGGCCGUGAAGCUCUCCGAAGUCGAUGUGAACAAUGCAGACAGAGAUCCAGAAACCUUCCUAUCAAAUUUCAUGGCCGCGAGAGCUUGGGUGGCUGAUGAAGGCUCAAGAUGGGAGGCGUUUGAGUCUGACGAUGGAGAAGAAGACAACCGGGCGGAAGAGUUCGAGCAGGCCUACAAUCUGCGAUUCGAAGAUCCGGAAAAGAGCAACGAGGUUCUAAAAUCAUAUGCCAGAGAUUUUGCGGCUGCGCGAUCCGUCAGACGAGAGGAAAAGACGGGCAGGAAGCGCCAGAGAGAGCUUGAGCGCGAGAAGAAGGAGGCAGAGAAGGAGCAGCUCCGUGAAGACAAGGCCCGGCUACGAAAACUGAAGCUUGAGGAAACCGAGGGCAAGCUUCGCAAGAUUAAGCAGGCGGCCGGAGCGUUUGGCAAGGAGUUGACGGAUGAGCAGUGGAUGAAGUUCCUGGAUGACGCUUGGGAGAAUGACAAGUGGGAGGGUGAGAUGAAGAAGUGGUUCGACGACGGUUACUACGCCAUCAACGAAGCCAAUGUCGCUUCAGAUGACGACGACGAGAUUGACAUUGACGAAGAAGAUGGCAGCAAGAAGAGCAAGAAGAAGAAGCCCAAGAAGCCCAAGUGGGACGACGACAUCGACAUCAACGACAUUAUCCCCGAUUUCGAGGCCGGCGACGAAAAGCCAACCAUUGUUCUAUCAGACGACGAAGCGCAAGAUGACGCUGAUGACGACGAAGACGAACCAUCCGCCAAAAAGCUCAAAUCGUCAGAUCACAAAAAGGCCCGCCAGGAAUCUCAGAAGAAAUCCCGCCAGGAACGCACAAAACUCGAGGCUCUCGUCGACGCCAAGAUGCACCUCACGGACCACGACGUGCUCAAGGGCGAAGGCUCCGGCGGCUUCCGGUACCGCGAGACGUCGCCACAGGCCUUUGGCCUGACGGCGCGCGACAUCUUGCUCGCGCCGUCGGACAAGGUGCUCAACGAGUUCGCCGGGCUGAAGAAGCUCGCCACGUUUCGCGACGUGGAGAAGAAGCGCCGGGACAGGAAGCACCUGGGCAAGAAGGCUCGGCUGCGCCAGUGGCGGAGGGACGUCUUUGGCGGCGAGUUUGAGCACACGGGGCCGACGUAUGGGUUCGAGCGGGUGGCUGGCAAGGAGGGCGGCGGAGAGGAGGAGGAGGACCCGAAGGAGAGGAGAAGGCGGGAGAAGAAGAGCAAGACAAAGGACGCGGGGGGCGAGGGGGCGAGCAACAUUAUUGGCGAUGUUGAUGGGACGCGGAAGAAGAGGAAGCGGUCAAAGGGGAAGAAGGCCGCCAGCGAGAGCUGA